UAUACAACAAAUAUACGGAGUUUAUAUAUGCUCAUGGGUGACGGCAGUGCUCAAGAUUGUUUCAUCUGGGAAGAUCAAGCAUGGACGAUGACGACCAAUUCUGGUAACUCUGGAGAGAAAUCCGGCCAAUGUAAGUUACCAGGUUCCGGUACCUCCGAUUGCCAGCUGCCGCCUACCGGGAGGAAGAGGCCUCGUGCGUCGGAAAGUAACGGUGACGGCGGCAGAGGUAAAGGAAUUGAAGCAAAAAGUGGCGGCGGUGGAGGAGCUGAGUCUGAUCAUGAGGUACAUAUUUGGACGGAGAGAGAGAGGAGGAAGAAGAUGAGGAGUAUGUUCUCGAAUCUCCAUGCUUUGCUUCCUCAACUUCCUCCCAAGGCUGACAAAUCCACCAUUGUUGACGAAGCUGUGAACUACAUCAAAACCCUACAACAGACUUUGCAGAAGCUGCAGAAUCGAAAGCUGGAAAUCCUCCAUGGAUUUAACUGCGGCAAUCCAUCGCCCUCCAUUUUCGGCUCACAGAAACUCAACGCCGAGCUCACUACGAGGGAGGCGUUCCUGGCUGAUCAUCAUCAAGGAUCUUCCGGCGGCGGUCUCGCUUCCUUCAUCGGAUCAUCAUCCGCGGCGGACGCCCUGCUUCCGCCUCAGCCGCCGGCGUUCCAGACCUGGACUUCUCCGAAUGUCAUCCUGAAUGUUUGCGGCGACGAUGCUCAAAUCAGUCUUUGCUGUCCUAAGAAGCCCGGCCUCUUUCCGGCCAUUUGCUUCGUUCUGGAGAAGCAUAAAAUCGAGGUGGUUUCUGCUCAGGUUUCAUCGGAUCAUCAUCGCACCAUGUAUAUGGUUCAAGCUCGUGCUAAUAGGCCGCCGUGCGAUGAUCUAUUCUCAGAAAUGUCGGUUUCAGUGGAGGAGGUGUACAAACAGGCUGCCGGAGAGAUCAUGCUGUGGAUAGCAAACCAGUAUUGAACAAUCCCAUUGCUGUAAGAGGAUCGGUUAAUACAGCCAGAAAUAUAUAUACAGUAGAAAUCAGGGAUCGAAGUGUGGUUGUUUGCUUGUUUUGCUUGGACUACAAGCAGUAGUUUCCUUCUCUAUCAUGAAAUCGACUCUUGGGCAAGGAGUUGUGUUAUAAUUAGUUCUUUCCUUGAAAAAAUAUUGUA